AUUGAAAUCAAAAUAGAGCCCAUAAACAGGGAAAUUAUUGGGUGCUCAUCGUUUAUUCCCAUAAACACCGGAGGAACUGUACAGCGUUCAGUCUCGGCUUAAACGGAGGGCAGCGGCCGGAGGUCUAAAUCUAAUGGACUCUCUUCAUCGCCACUCGUUCUUAGUUGAAGAUGGGAAAGUGAAAGAAGUUGAGGCAGAGGCAGUGAUAAUAGGGGGCAUGGUGUUGGACAUACAUGCCACUCCUUCUGUACCUGCAAAUCCAAGGACCACCACUCCUGGCAAGGUGAAUUAUAUGCUAGGUGGUGUAGCUAGGAAUGUUGCUGAGUGCAUGUCAAAGCUCGGAUCGAGGCUUCACUUGAUAAGUGCUGUUGGACUUGACAUGCCAGGAAAUUUGCUGCUAGAGCACUGGAAAUCUGCUGGUCAGUCCUUGGAAGGAAUUCAAAGGUGCCAAGAAAUUGAGACUGCUGUUGUAUCUAACAUCUUUGAUGUUAAUGGAGAGCUGGCAGCUGCAGUUGCUAGUGUGGAAGCGAUUGAAAAAUUUCUUACACCAGAAUGGAUUCAAAAAUUUGACUACAAAAUAGGCUCUGCUCCAGUAGUGAUGGUAGAUGCAAACUUAAGUCCUCCCGCUUUGGAAGCAUCUUGCAGAAUGGCGGCAGAAUUUGGUGUCCCUGUGUGGUUUGAGCCGGUGUCAGUUGUAAAAUCCAAAAGAGUUGUUUCAGCUGUCAAGCAUAUUACUUUUGCUUCACCAAAUGAAGAUGAACUUAUUGCCAUGGCAAAUGCUUUGUCUUCUGGAGAUUUUUUUCGGCCAAUUGAAAAGAAUAAUAAGACAAUCAAGUUUUCAACACAAUCUUUGUUCCACAUGCUCAGCCCAGCAAUCUGGGUUUUAUUGGAGAAAGGUAUUAAAGUUGUGAUUGUUACUCUUGGACCAGAUGGGGUGUUCUUAUGUUCAAAGGGAGUACCUAGAUUUCUGAAAAAUGGUUCAAAGAGAAGCAAUCCUCAUGGUUCCAACAGUGACUUGUAUGUUUCAAUAAACUCUAACUGUCCUCCGAAUCGGUUUUGUAAGGCUCCAAUGGUUGAGGGAAGCUCUAAAAUGUUCGCUGUUCAUUUUCCUGCACUUCCUGCAUCAGUUGUAAGGCUUACGGGUGCUGGGGAUUGCUUGGUUGGUGGGACCCUGGCUUCUAUUUGUGCAGGUUUAGAUAUUGUGCAAAGCUUGGCUGUUGGUAUUGCUUCAGCCAAAGCUGCUGUUGAGUCAGAGACCAAUGCACCUUUGGCAUUUAGUAUGGCCAAAAUAACAGGUGAUGCUAAGUCUGUCUAUUUUGCUUCCAAAAUGUUGUCGUGUCAAUCGAUGCUGUGAAUAUUGUGAAAUAUAAUCCGGGGUUGGUUUUACUGGUUGAUCUGGUCCUGAGCAUGUUUCUUCAAAACAAGAUCCACUUCCAAGUUCAUUGGGAGUCCAUUGUGUUUUCUAAACAAGAUCCACUUCCAAGCACAUUGGGAAUCCACUUUUCUGUUGAUAUUGUGCAUGUGAUUGCCUCAUUCCUGAGUUGAGGUUUCUACUCAUAAGAGCACUGAAAGAAUCCGUGCGUUCAACAAUUUCUCGAUGCGUGUAUGUCGUAUUUGGCACUCCUAAGUUCCUACUUUGUUUGAUCAGUUUAUUUAUUUGGAAAGGAUCAAGUUGAGCCUAAAGGAGAGUUCCCUCCUGCACCCAUUUUCAUGGCUUGACAGAUUUGCAAAGUCCUGCAUCCUCGGUGAAGUUUUUUCGAGUUUCAGAUGGAAUCCCCUAAUCAACUGUUCACCUCCGGGUAAUGACCGUCACAAGCCGUGGAAUACCAGGAUUGCCCUUUGUCCUUCCAAGCAUGUUCAAUUUGAUCCAUGUACUUUUUUUAUUGUACCAUUUGUCUUAUAAUUUUAGUAUGCAAUUUGAAUGGGUCUUCAUAUUAAGUGCCCUCAGGUUAAAAAAGCAUUAACUCUUAUAUUUUCCUUGGCUUUCAUGGAAAUGUAGAAAGACAAAUGGGUAUUGAGGAGUGAUUAUUUUUGUGUUAGUGAACUUUUUAAAGAUUUUCAUCAUAAGUAUAAUUUUUUA